UGUUCAGGCAGUACACUACCCAAGAGGAGGCAAGCAAGAGAAGGGGGGAAAAGACAGUAUUUUUUCCUGUGUAUGCCCUUUGAAAAGCAAAGCAACAGCAUCUUUACACAAGAUGUACUCUUGCAUGAAUUUAAAUGAAAGAGAAAGAGAAACCAUGCCACCAGCAGCAUCGGCAAAAGAGCCUGAAAGCACCAAGCAGUGAGAAUUCAGCCCAGGGAAUCUGAGAGGAAGAAAAAGCAAGCAGAGAUCAGGCAGGAAAUAACUCAUGUGAAAGGAAUACAGAAAACACAGUGUUUAUAGCUUUUUCACAGCAGCAUCUCCAUAUGAAAGUUCUGUUCUGAAAUUUCCACCAGCAAGUGACAAGCACUACCAAUUAAGUUCCACACGACAUCCCUCGUGCUUCAGCUUCUCUGUAUCUCCCUGGGAAACGAACAUCUUCCCUCUCCACAGCAAGAUCAGCACAGGGACGACAAAAAAAACACCUGAGCAACAUCCUGAUGGGAAUAACUGUCCAAAACAUCACAGGCAACACAGCAAUGGUAACUUGGCCAAAAAUGGCUGGUUGUGCCGACAGCUUUUACAGUGUCAUGUACCACCCUAACUGGAACAGCAUGCUAUCCACUUACUCGAGAAAGAGCUUUCAGAAGGAAGAGAGAGUACCCACCACUCGCUCCUCCUUUGUUGUUGAAAACCUAACGCCACUAACAACAUACAUUGUCUGCGUGACCUGCCAGUCCGCAAAUCCCUCCAGUGACCAGUGCAGAGUGUUUAACACACUAGAACGAGACCCAGCUUCUGCAAGCAGCACCAAGAAAGAGCUGGCUCUGGGCAUCUGGCUCACAAGCAGUGUCCUUCUCCUCAUCAUUGCUGCAGUUCUUCUCUAUGGCUGCCUGCACCUCCUGUGCCGAAGGAGACAUCAGCAUUUGCAAGAGCAAAAUGGGACCUCCAAACAAGACCAUAGGAAGGUAUUGAGCAAAAGCAUAGCAUGCACCUCGGAGGAACUCAGCAGGCAGAGCCAACUGAGGCAUGACACUGAGAAAAAGCAUCCCAGUGGCAUCCAGCUGGCCACAAUCAUAGAGAAUCCCUCAGCAUGCAAAGAGCCUAUCAUGCCACCUUCCAAAAGCCAGGAACAGGUGCCAAUGACAGGACAGUGUUCUGCUAUAAAUUAGAAACUGUCUGUCAAGAAGGAAGUUUUUACUAUGAGACAUCCCCACUGCACAAGGGGGUGUUACAGCUGCUCACUUCAGCUCUCCUGGCUGUACCUCCAGUGCUGCAAUCCUUUCCAAAAGCCCAUAUGCAGCCAGAGGUACUCAGAGGCAAAAUUUCAGAUUCCCAAUAAGCAAGCACUUCCACUGCACUGUUAUUUAAAAAUCAAGCAUGUGGCAAAUUAUUAGUUUACACUUUGUUCUUUUUUGUUGCUUUUCUUUAGUCUAAAAGUGGAAACAUAAAAAUAAACAGAAGUGACUACAA